GCUUUCUCUUGACGAAAGAAUUAUUAGUUGUGUGACGAUUGUAAACGGACUGUGACACUUCUUGAAAAUGGUCCUUCAAGCAGGCUCCACAAAAUUUUACACCUUCCCGAAAUCAAGAGGAAGGGAUGUCUAUUUUCCAUGCAUUUCAGUCAACUUUCAAAAGCUAAAAGCGGAGGAGGAGGCAUUGGCCUUUCAAAUUGGCGAAUUGAACAAGUACUUGAGAAACGGCACCAGAGAGGUUGUCGGGAGCGACGAGAAAAAUGCAUCCAAAUUGUGCGCAUAUUGCAAGUCUAAGAUGCAGGACAAAGGCUACCUGUUUGGAAUGACAGAUUUGGAGAAAUUUGACAAGGUGUGCGAUCGCUACAAAAACACCACGUUGCUGCAAUUCAUCAACAUGGGGCGCCGCGUCUGCAGGCCCUGCGCAGAUCUUGCCAAAAAUUCCAUCGCCCUUUGCGAAAGUCAUGACUGCAAAACAAACGGAAUCCACCCAUUCCGUCAAAUUACUAGGAAGUAACUUGAAGUAAGGAUGGCGGACACAGUGGAUUUGGAUCAUAGUUACUUGAUUGUUGGCUAACUGUAGACUUUUCUUCUGUUUGUUUGUUUUAAUCGUACCAAACAGUAAAAUGGGCAACAAUCGAAUCCAAAAAUCGAGCUAAGGGAGUAUCGGUUCCUGUGUCUACCUCCUUUAAGAACUGGACAUCAAGUGCAGUAGAGGAUUUAAAUGUGAACAGUGAUCAACAAACAGAAAUGACGAAACUUCGUUCUAGAAUUAGUUUAUUAGCUUAGAGAAAAGAGAUAAUCUUGUAUAUUUUGCAAUCAUUUUACGCUAGUGAAUUUCUCAACUACUGAAACAAUUAUUAGGAUAAGUUUAUUUUUUACAUUUUUUCGAACUUUCCGUCUAUUCAAAUUUGUUUGCAAGUUGGUGAAACUUAAAUUUUUAAGGCGAUGAACAAUUUGAUUGAUUUGAGCAAAGCAGUUUCUUUUGCUGUUUAUGUUGGUUGUUAAAGCUUAAAUUUCAUGUGCGUUUUUGUGUAAGUUUCAAGCGUUACGAUACGCUGAGAAAGCGCAGGUGUCGGAAUGCACGUCUCAAGCAUUUUCAAUUUCUUUAAUUGUAAUGAAAAUUAGAGGACCACUGUAACAGGUCAUGCUUAAAGAUUUUUAGAUCGUAUCAAUCAUUCGUGCUCUUGGUAUAAUUAUUUUCAAGAGUGCAACAAUUUAAUACCACAAACGACUUUGUCACAAAAAACUGUACAAGAAAAAAAUUGGAAUAUUAUGACUAUGAAUCUUUGAAACUUUCUUGUUCAUUUUUAGAGUGUAAUAAAACAUUCUGUAGAGGGUCACA